UUCUUUCCCAGUCUCUUAAAAACUGCGUGUGCUUAUGUGUGAGAGAGAAGUAGCAGCACUGCGUUUGUGAAGGUGUGUGAUAAUAAUGGCGAAGAUGUCACAGAGGAAGGUGAAGAACGCUGAAAACAGCAGUACGCCUUCAAAUACCAAGACGAAACGGACUCGCAAAAGCAUUCCCAGAGGCUCUCCUCCGCAACGAAGCUCCGUUUAUCGAGGUGUUACCAGGCAUCGUUGGACGGGCCGGUAUGAGGCUCAUCUCUGGGAUAAGAAUUGCUGGAAUGAAUCGCAGAGCAAGAAAGGAAGACAAGUGUAUUUAGGGGCAUAUGAUGAUGAAGAAGCUGCAGCGCGUGCCUAUGACUUGGCAGCAUUGAAGUACUGGGGCCAAGACACCAUCCUCAAUUUUCCUCUCACAAAUUAUGAAGAAGAGGUCAAGGAAAUGGAGGGCCAAUCAAAAGAAGAAUACAUUGGAUCCUUAAGAAGAAAAAGCAGCGGGUUCUCACGCGGAGUCUCGAAGUACAGAGGCGUAGCAAGACACCAUCACAAUGGAAGAUGGGAGGCUCGGAUUGGCAGAGUCUUCGGCAACAAAUAUCUUUAUCUCGGAACUUUCGCUACACAAGAAGAAGCAGCCGCAGCAUAUGAUAUGGCAGCCAUAGAAUACAGAGGACUUAAUGCCGUUACGAACUUUGACCUCAGCCGUUAUAUCAAUUGGCUCCGCCCUAAAACCCAGGACUCCAAUGAAAACCCUACUACUGAUAACACCACCGAGUCUGGACCAAGCUCUAAUCCUGAACUUGAAUUGGGUUUCUCUGACGACACAAUGGUGGCACCGCCACGAUCCGGAGGCGGGGCUCCGCCGUCAUCUGCACUAGGGCUCCUCUGGCAAUCCUCAAAGUUCAAGGAAAUGCUGGAGAGGACUUCAUCAGCUGGAGACCAUAGUUACCCUGCAACAGCAGUAACUUCAGAAUCAAAGCCUCCUGGUCGUAUAUUUCCUGAAGAUAUUCAAACAUUCUUUGAUUGUCAUGAUUCAAGCAGCUACCCUGAAACUGAUGACAUCAUCUUUGGUGAUUUGAGCUCAAUUGCUGCUCCAAUUUUCCAUUGCGAGCUGGAUGCUUAGAAAAGUAAUAUUUUUUUAACCCACAAAUUUGGAAGAUUAUAGCUAUAUGUUUAUUUGGUAGAUUCAGUUAUACUUUGGUUUUAUAAGGUGCAUAAUCAAUAUCAGUGCACGCUAAAAAAAAUCAAAGAGGUGAGGAAAAUAAUUCAAAAGGCAAACUUUGGGGCAAGGGUAGACAAAUAGGGGGUAAGAUUCUUUCAAGGUUACUUUCACUAAUUUUUUCCCUUCUUAUAAAAAUUUGCUAUUUUUUUUAA